AAAAAAAUGGAGGGCGGAUGAUAAAAUGGUGCGCGUGUAAUUCAUCCAUGUUAAUUUAGUCUCACAGACAACCGAGAACACAGUGAGUCAGCGGUACCAGCGUUUUUUAAACUUGAGAGCCUUUCUCUUUCUGUAAUGGCUUCAAAACCGACAUAUCGUUAAUAAUAACCGGCUGUUUUGAUCGAUAAACCAUCGGGCCGAACCUGAGGAAACAUGCAUCGUCUUAAACACUUAGUGAGUCGCUCGUCGCAUGUCCCCCUCCGGACGACAUCGCUUUCUAAACAUGGAUGGCAGCACGCCCGGUUUCAAACGCAGGGGCCUACGGAGCAAUACGGACUGAAGCGGUUCAGCACGGCAGAGGCCACCGUGGACGCUGGACAUCCCGUCACCAUGCGAGAGAAGACGCUGACCAUGGCGACCCUGAACCCGCAGGUGAAGGCGGUGGAGUACGCCGUGAGAGGACCUAUCGUUAUCAAGGCGGGUGAUAUCGAGAGGGGACUGCAAGAGGGAGUUAAGCAGCCUUUCACCGAGGUCAUCAAGGCCAACAUUGGUGAUGCCCAUGCCAUGGGUCAGCAGCCGAUCACCUUUGUUCGUCAGGUAGUGGCUCUGUGUUGUUUCCCAGAACUAAUGGACAGUCCAGCUUUCCCCGAUGAUGCCAAACAACGAGCCCAGCGCAUCCUCCAGGACUGUGGAGGACACAGCCUAGGCUCGUACAGUGCCAGCCAGGGGGUGGAGUGUGUCCGACGGGACAUUGCUGACUACAUCGCACAAAGAGACCAGGGUGUCCCUGCUGACUGGAACAACAUCUACCUCACCACAGGAGCCAGUGACGGCAUCAUGAGCAUCCUGAAGCUGCUAGUAUCAGGUCAAGGAAGAACGAGAACGGGCGUGAUGAUUCCCAUCCCUCAGUACCCCCUGUACUCUGCCGCCAUCUCCGAGUUGGAGGCAGUUCACAUUAACUACUACCUGGAUGAGGCCAAUUGCUGGGCACUGGAUAUUGAAGAACUACAGAGAGCUUACAUGACAGCUAAGCACCACUGUCAGCCUCGGGUGCUCUGCAUCAUCAACCCCGGAAACCCCACAGGUCAGGUGCAGAGUAAGAAGUGUAUAGAGGAGGUGCUCCACUUCGCCUAUGAGGAGAAUCUGUUUGUCAUGGCUGAUGAGGUGUACCAGGACAAUGUGUACUCACCAGACAGUCAGUUCCACUCCUUCAAGAAGGUCCUCUAUGAGAUGGGCCCUGAGUACUUCAGCAAUGUGGAGCUGGCCUCCUUCCACUCCACCUCCAAAGGCUACACUGGAGAGUGUGGUUUCCGUGGAGGCUACAUGGAGGUGUUGAACAUGGAUCCGCAAGUGAAGGCCCAGCUGGUCAAAUUGCUGUCUGUCCGUCUCUGCCCCCCUGUCUCUGGUCAGGCAGCGAUGGACGUUAUUGUAAAUCCCCCCCAAAGACAUGAGCCCUCCUAUGCUCAGUUUACCAAGGAGAAAAGGGCAGUCCUUGAUGCCCUGGCUCACAAAGCCAGGCUGACAGAGGAAAUUCUAAACUCGGUGCCUGGGAUGACGUGCAACCCAGUCCAAGGAGCCAUGUAUGCCUUUCCUCAGAUCUUCAUCCCACCACGAGCAAUACAGGAAGCACAGUCCCUUUCUAUGGCUCCUGACAUGCUGUACUGCCUCAAACUGCUGGAGGAAACUGGUAUCUGUGUGGUACCUGGAAGUGGAUUUGGCCAGAGGGAGGGAACCUAUCACUUCAGAAUGACCAUCCUUCCGAAUCCAGAGAAGCUGAAAGUCCUCCUGGAGAAGCUGAAGGAGUUCCACCUCAGAUUCCUUGAAGAGUAUUCACAACAGGAACCUCAGACCAACAGAAACACCCAAGAUCAACACAGAGAAAUGUCAAAGAAACCAGACUGAUCCCCUCCCCAGACUUAGGCAGAAUGUGCUAUUUAAAAUUAACAGCUUGUGUAAUGUUAAUAUUGCUUUGAGUUAUACUUGUAUUUAAGAAGGGUUUGUUACAUAAAUGUGUGCCUUUCUCGCAGAUGAUAUUUAAAAAGGCAAAGGAUCCUCCACCUGUUUACAGAUGAGGCCCUGAAUAAGAGAAAAGACUGUAUAACAACAUAUGAAGUGCACUGAUCCUCUUGUCCCAUAAAUAGUUAUUCAUGCUCUCA